CUGGUCAUCUUCUUCCUCGACCUCGUCAAUGGCGUCCCCCAGCGGAUCGUGGAGGGGCUCCUACAUGCAGGAGGACGACAUCGAGCGCCUGGUACGCCUCCGGCGAAUCCCGCAGUCGGUCAUCACGCGGGUGCCCGGCGAGGAGACGGAGCCCGAGCCGAGGAACGGCGAGCGCGUCGUCUUCGGCGCGCACCUUGAUCGCGGGCUGGGUCUGCCGGCCUCGCCCUUCUUCCGGCAAUUCCUCGACCACUUCGGCCUUCAGCCGCACCACCUGCCGGCCAACGCGUGCGUCCUUCUGAGCUGCUUCGUAGCGUUCAUGGAGGCUUACACCGGCUUGUGGCCCGACAUCGACUUCUGGAGCCGGCUCUUCUUCUUGAAGGCGCAGACCAACGACGGCCGCCUGCGAGCCUGCGGCGCCGCCUCGAUCUACACCCGGCCUGGUACGCCUUUCCCCAAGAUCCCCACCGUCGACUCGGUGAAGAACUGGCAAAUGUCAUUCUUCUACGUGCGCAACGAGGGGGAGCUCGUCGACCGGAUCAACCUGCCGGAGUUCAAUCCGGCUCCUCCAGUCGGCCGGAUCAACUGGAGCCACAACGCCCGCUCGACGGACCAGAACGCCGAGGUGAACCUGCUCUGGGAUCUCCUGGCGACAGCCACCGCUGGCGGGCUGACUGCCGAAGAUCUUCUCUGCACCUACGCCGAGCGCCGGGUGCUGCCGCUCCAGAUGCGCACCCACAAGAUCGGGCACAUGUCCGGCCGGCUCGAUCCGAACCGGACGUCCAAGGUGCCGCUCACCAAGGCCCAGGUGGCCAGCCGGGUGAACCACAUCACCAAGGCGAACCUGGCGGAGGACUGGAGCUACGGGCUGGUGCCCUGCGACAGGAACCAUCCACCGGCGCGGGUUUUUGAGCGCCAGAACGCCGAGGACGGCGACCUGGCGACGAAGAGGUGGACGCCGGAUCUCGUCGAUCCGGCUGACCAAGCCGGCGAACAUGCCGGCGACGACGACCUGCCGCAGGCGCCUGAUCUAGGCGGCCAGGGGGAGCACAAUCCGCCCCCCUCACCAGAGCACCAGGAGGAGGAGGAGCCGGCGACGUCCGGCACGGGGCCAAUCCCCGCCGUGCCCCUGCGCACGAGGCCGCCCAGCACCACGGCGACUUCGGCGCCCAAGGGCGCGAAGAGAGCCGGCUCCACCGCCGCCGCGGAGUCGAGGGCGAAGAAGCAGCGCCGGCAGCCGCCGAAGAAGGUCCCGGAGCAAUCCGGAGGGGCGCCCCGAGCCGGCAGGGGACGAGCCGGCGCGCACCGGGGGCGCUGA